ACACAACGCUGACGUUCCCAACGCACGUGCCGUGUGCAAAGCUCUGUAUGACUAGGACGGGCCCGCGGCGAGCACCGCCAUUCGAAAUCCAGUAUUAGUGUGCGGUGUUUUAGAGAGUGCGGCGAGAGAAAGGAAGAAAGGACAAGCUAGCGAUAAGACAGCCUAAAAUCGGCUCCCACCCCGUUCGUACCGGCUAACGAUAUCGAGGAGACGAGCAAGGAGAGACGCCGGGCCCUCAGCGACAUUCGAUUAUAUCGACUAAAUAAAAUCACAAAAUGCCUUACAAACCAGUAGAACAAGCAAAGUGUCCGAAGUGCGGAAAAUCGGUCUACGCCGCUGAAGAGCGCGUAGCCGGUGGACUGAAAUGGCACAAAAUGUGCUUCAAAUGCGGUCUUUGCGGUAAACUGCUUGACUCGACAAACUGCAGCGAGCACGAAGGCGAACUUUUCUGCAGAGUCUGCCAUGGUCGCAAAUUCGGACCCAAGGGCUACGGCUUCGGUGGUGGCGCUGGCUGCCUCUCUAUGGAUCAGGGCGAGCAGUUCAAGAGCUACGAGGACAACUACAGAAUUUCAAACGCGAUGAUGGAGCCUCGCGCCAUAGCCAAGGCCCCGGAGGGCGAGGGAUGCCCACGAUGCGGUGGCUACGUCUACAUGGCCGAGCAGAUGCUCGCCAGAGGAAGGCAAUGGCACAGAGAAUGCUUUAAGUGUGGCACCUGCUCCAAGAGAUUGGACUCUCGCAACUGCUGCGAAGGUCCCGAUAAGGACAUCUAUUGCAAAGUGUGCUACGGGAAGAAGUUCGGCCCUAAAGGCUACGGCUACGGCCAAGGUGGUGGCGCCCUGCAGAGCGACUGCUACGCCUACGGUAACGAGUCGUCGACGCGCGCCCUGGUGGCCGACACCGCGGCGAUAAUGGCCCCGCCCGGCAAGGGUUGUCCUCGCUGUGGCGGUGUUGUCUUCGCCGCCGAGCAGGUGCUUUCUAAAGGCCGCGAGUGGCACAGAAAGUGCUACAAGUGCCGGGACUGCACCAAGACCCUCGACUCGAUCAUAGCCUGCGACGGCCCGGACAAGGACGUUUACUGCAAGACCUGCUACGGCAAGAAGUGGGGACCCCACGGAUACGGAUUCGCCUGUGGCUCCGGAUUCCUCCAAACCGACGGCCUCACGGAGGACGAAAUCUCAGCCACCCGUCCAUUCUACAACCCGGACACGACGUCGAUCCCAGCCCCGGCCGGCAAGGGUUGUCCCCGUUGCGGUGGCAUGGUGUUCAUGGCUGAACAGCAGCUGGCCAAGGGCACGAUGUGGCACAAGAAGUGCUUCAACUGCGCCGAGUGUCACAGACCCCUGGACUCGAUGCUCGCAUGCGACGGUCCAGACAGGGAGAUCCACUGUCGCGCCUGUUACGGCAAACUCUUUGGGCCUAAGGGAUUCGGCUUCGGACACACGCCCACUCUCAUAUCGACGGACGUCGAGCACGCGCCUUCAUACAACGACCCCAAGCCCGAUCUUGGCCAAAAGCGAAACGACGGACACGGCUGCUCGCGCUGCGGCUACCCGGUCUACGCCGCCGAGCAGAUGAUCUCGAAGAACCGCGUGUGGCACAAGAGGUGCUUCAACUGCGGUGCCUGCCAUCGUUCCCUCGACUCCACGAACCUCAACGACGCGCCCGACGGCGAUAUCUACUGCCGCGGCUGCUACGGUAGGAACUUCGGCCCCAAGGGCGUCGGCUUCGGCAUGGGGGCGGGCACCCUCACGAUGGCCUAGUGCCACCAACCUAGGACCACCAUCACGAGCAACCACCGGCGCAUCCACGACUUUCGCUCUCGACCCAUUUCAGACUCACUCACCCACACGACUACACGUAAGCGCGGGGGCGCGCGCGAGAACAAUUUCCUUUCCGACAGACCAACUGUGCAAGGACCAACGACCGACGAGCUCGAACCUACUUUCGAUUCCCAAUUUAGCGGCCAUAUUAGCCGCGCGACCAUUAGCCUUACGCAUUACGCAACCAAGGUCCUUCUGUCCCACCUUAUCACGUCCCACCGAUUCUUCUUACUUUAAUGCCUCGAGGAUAGGCUUCAACGAGCGAAUCGUUCUCAAGCGCAUCGAUUCAUUCAUUCCACGAUGGUCCUUUCACCAUUGUCGGAAAUAAAUGUAACGGAACGCACAACGUGACUCUCUAGCCAACGAAAUACGCCGCUACCGUUACAUUAGACUGGCCAGCUGUGCAAACUAUCUUCACCGUCGAAUGUUAAAUGUCAAAUGACAAUGGUUUCUUAAUUAUCGAUGUACUUUCGUGUCUAAACAACAAAGCAUCCAACGUACGAAUAAUGAAGCGAUGAAAGAGACGCGACCGGUUAACGCCACCACGUCG